AUGGGGGUGAGGGUGAGGGUGAAGCGACUCCAGCCCACGCUGGUGCUGGCAACACUGAGUGCGGCCUUCGGCUCUGCCUUCCAGUAUGGCUACAACAUCGCCGUGGUCAACACGCCACACAGGCUCUUGAAGUCAUUUUAUAACGAAACCUACUUUGAGCGGCAUGGGGCCUUCAUGGAUGAGAAUGUCCUGCUGAUCCUGUGGUCUUCCACUGUGUCCAUGUUUCCUCUGGGCGGCUUGCUGGGAUCGCUGGUCGUUGGCCUGCUGGUUGUUAAGUGUGGCAGAAAGGGGACCCUCCUGAUCAACAACUUCUUUGCCAUCGUGCCCGCCAUUCUCAUGGGAGUCAGCAAAGUGGCCAAGUCUUUUGAGCUGAUCAUCUUUUCUCGAGUGAUACUGGGCAUCUGUGCAGGCAUAUCCUACAGUGCCCUUCCCAUGUACCUGGGAGAGCUGGCUCCCAAGAACCUGAGGGGCACCCUGGGGACAAUGACCGAGGUCUUUGUCAUAUUUGGAAUCCUCCUAGCUCAGAUCUUCAGCCUGCAGGCCAUCCUGGGAAAUCCCGCAGGCUGGCCUGUGCUCUUGGCCAUCACAGGGAUCCCUGCGCUGCUUCAACUCCUGACCCUGCCCUUCUUUCCUGAGAGCCCCCGCUACACCCUGAUCCAGAAAAGAGAUGAGGAAACAGCGCGACGAGCUCUGAGGGCACUGCGAGGCUGGGCUGACGUGGAGGACGAGAUAGAGGAAAUGCGUGUGGAGGACCAGGCCGAGAAGGCUGAGGGCCGCCUGUCUGUGCUCAACCUCUUCACGUUCCGGCCUCUGCGGUGGCAGCUCAUCUCCGUCAUUGUGCUGAUGGCCGGGCAGCAGUUUUCUGGGGUCAACGCGAUCAACUACUAUGCAGACAUGAUCUAUACCUCGGCAGGCGUGGAGGCUGAGUACUCCCAGUAUGUCACAGUGGGGGCUGGUGUGGUCAACAUAGUGAUGACCGUCAUCUCGGCCUUUACCGUGGAGCUGCUAGGGCGGCGGUGCCUCCUGCUGGUCGGCUAUGGCAUCUGCGGCUUUGCCUGCCUCGUGCUGACACUGGCUCUGCUCUUCCAGAGCACGGUUCCUGAGCUGUCUUACCUCAGUGUCAUCUGUGUCUUUGCCUUCAUCGCGGGACAUUCCAUCGGGCCCAGUCCUGUCCCAUCUGUGGUGAGGACCGAGAUCUUUCUACAGUCGUCCCGGCCGGCCGCAUUCAUGGUGGAUGGAGCUGUGCACUGGGCCACCAACUUCAUUGUUGGCUUUGUGUUCCCUUCCAUCCAGGAGGCCAUUGGUGCCUACAGUUUCAUCAUUUUUGCCGGGAUCUGUCUCCUCACUGCUGUUUACAUCCACGUGGUUAUUCCUGAGACCAAAGGCAAAACAUUUGUGGAGAUAAACCAGAUUUUUGCCAAGAGAAAUAAGGUGGAGAUUCCAGAGAAGAAAGAGGAAAUAAAAGAGGUUGGGCCUCACGUGCCUUCUACACCUGCCAAAGAGACUGCCUUUUAA